AGCCGCGCGACGUCCCCGCCCGCCCGCCCGCCGGCCGUAAUCCCCUUCGCCCCGCCCCCGCCCCCCCAUUCUCCUCUCUCCCCCCCGCACGGAGCGCCUGGCGGCGGCGGCGCAGCCCAGACCUGUCCCUGCCGGUACGGCGGCGCCUCGGGCUCGGCGGCGACAUGGAGUGCGCUGCGGCGGGGGCCGAGUUCAACAUCCUCCUCGCCACCGACUCCUACAAGGUUACACACUACAAGCAAUAUCCACCUAAUACAAGCAAAGUAUAUUCCUACUUUGAAUGUCGUGAAAAGAAGACCGAAAAUUCCAAAUUAAGGAAAGUGAAAUAUGAAGAAACUGUUUUUUAUGGUUUGCAGUACAUUCUGAAUAAAUACUUAAAAGGUAAAGUGGUGACCAAAGAGAAAAUCAAGGAAGCCAAAGAAGUAUAUAGGGAGCAUUUUCAAGAUGAUGUCUUCAACGAAAAGGGAUGGAACUAUAUUCUGGAGAAAUACGAUGGCCAUCUUCCUAUAGAAAUAAAGGCUGUUCCUGAGGGCUCUGUAAUUCCCAGAGGAAACGUUCUUUUCACAGUAGAAAACACAGAUCCAGAGUGCUACUGGCUCACAAAUUGGAUAGAGACUAUUCUUGUGCAGUCAUGGUAUCCAAUCACAGUGGCUACGAACUCUAGAGAGCAGAAAAAGAUUUUGGCCAAAUAUUUGCUAGAGACUUCUGGCAGCUUAGAAGGACUGGAGUAUAAACUGCAUGACUUUGGCUACAGAGGAGUUUCUUCACAAGAGACUGCAGGAAUAGGAGCUUCAGCCCAUUUAGUGAACUUCAAAGGAACAGACACUGUAGCAGGAAUUGCGUUAAUUAAAAAGUACUACGGUACAAAGGAUCCGGUUCCAGGAUAUUCUGUUCCAGCUGCUGAACACAGUACCAUAACAGCUUGGGGGAAAGAUCAUGAAAAAGAUGCUUUUGAACACAUAGUGACACAGUUUUCUUCAGUGCCUGUAUCUGUGGUUAGUGACAGCUACGACAUUUACAAUGCUUGUGAAAAAAUAUGGGGUGAUGACUUAAGGCAUAUAAUUGAAGCCCGAAGUCCAGAGGCACCACUUAUUAUUAGACCAGAUUCUGGGAAUCCCCUUGACACUGUUUUAAAGGUCUUGGAGAUCUUAGGGAAGAAGUUUCCCAUUACAGAGAACUCAAAAGGCUACAAGUUGCUGCCACCAUAUCUCAGAGUUAUUCAAGGGGAUGGUGUGGAUAUCAACACACUGCAAGAGGGGAUGCUGGUAGAACAGAUUGUGGAGGGAAUGAAGAAGAAUAAAUGGAGUAUUGAGAAUAUUGCCUUUGGAUCUGGUGGAGCUUUGUUGCAGAAACUAACCAGAGAUCUCUUAAACUGUUCCUUCAAAUGUAGUUACGUGGUGACCAACGGUCUCGGGGUAAAUGUCUUCAAGGAUCCGGUUGCCGAUCCGAACAAAAGGUCAAAGAAAGGCAGACUGUCGUUGCAUAGGACACCUACUGGAGAUUAUGUGACACUUGAAGAAGGCAAAGGAGAUCUUGAAGAGUAUGGACAGGAUCUCCUUCAUACUGUAUUUAAGAAUGGAAAGGUAACGAAGUCAUAUUCAUUUGAUGAAGUCAGACAAAAUGCCAGGCUGAAGAACAGUGAACUAGAAGUGGCAUCUCAUUAAGUUUCAUUCCAUGUCUGUGUAUGUGUGUGUAACAAGUAUGUACUGCAUAGCUACUGGGUUUAUUGUACAGAUUUGUGUGUUUGUGUUUUAUGACAUUAUAGCCAAAUUAUUUGUUGGUUUAUGGACAUACUGCCCUAUCUUUUGCCAGUCUUUAGAAAAGAUGAAAUCAGGAAAUGGUACUCUACAUUGUAAAACAUAUUUAAUGCUAAAGUGUGCUUUUUAGGGCCCUUUGCCAAUAGUGAUUCAAUCUGGUAUUGAUCUUUUCACAAAUGAGACAGAGCUGAGAAACUUUUUUAUAUAUAACAGAAUAUCACAAAAUGGAUUUACAUAAAAUUAUCAUGAUUGCUUUAUGUUUAUAUUUAACUUGUAUUUUUGUACAAACAAGAUUGUGUAAAAUAUAUUUAAAGUUUCAAUAAUUAAGUCUUUCCAACUUUUCAUGAUUUUUAUGAGCACAGACUUUCAAGAAAAUAUUUGGUGGGGGGGAAAUCCAUUGCCUUUUGUCCAUUAAUCAGCAAAUAAAACAUGGCCUUAAAGUUUGUUGUGACAUUGUACCAUUUGACAACUAAAUCAGGACUCGUAUCUCCCUAAGAUCCCAUAGAAUUGCUGACCUCACCGUUUCUUGUAGUUGUCUGUAUUAGUAAAUCUGCAUUAAAGAAAAUUACUGUUCUUACUAGAAGGUUUAGGUACUACAGACCUUGCUGGCACUGUAAGGUAUGUAAAUGAAAUGCCAAAUUCGAAAGGAUUCUCUACUGCAACUUAACUUGCCAAGUCUAUCCAACUUGGCAUAUGCACCUCAAUAUUUUAAGAGUAAAGUUUUUAAGAGAUCUCCUCUUCCACUAUAGAAUAUAUGUGUAAAAUACUGAAAUAUGGAAGCGGUGUAUUUUAAAGUAAUUACACUUCUGGGUUUAUUUUUCAUAUACUGUAAGUGACAUGACUUUAAAGCAAAAUACUGGACUGGGUAGUGCACUUUUUUACUUUUUUGUAUUUUUUUCAUUGAUUUGCCUUUUGUCAGACUGGAUGUUAAAUUGUAAAAAUGUUUAACUAUUUUUGUUAACAACUUCAAUAAAACUUUAUGCUAGCCAAACUCGUACAUGAAUGGCAGGCCUGUUUCCCCUUCUCGCCCCGUCUCACUGGGGUGAGGAGGGGCUUUUAUUUUGCAGAGGGUAACUGUAAAACAAUAUGUUUGAGAGAGACUUUUGAACUGUCUGCACUUGACUGUAUUUGCUCUCUGCAUAUGCUUGGUUUGAAUAUCUGCUGGAAUACAAAACUGUUGUGGAUUUUAUUUGAGAAGCUAUGUGGUAACCUCUGAAAUGUUUGGUAGUACUGUAGGAUGGCUCUCGCUAGAAAAGUACCUCCCUUACUUAAAAACAAAAAACAACAGCAAAAGCAAAUGGCUCCUGUAUUAUGCUGGUGAUCGACUAUCAGCCAAUGGCUUACUAUACUGAUGUAAUUAAUGCUUCUGAUUAGUAAAUGAUGUUGCAGGAAAAUGUUAGGGGUCCUCUAAAAUAAUUUAAGCCUACAAAAUUUUAUAAAACAUGCUUUUAAAGGAAGACUGAAAAGCCAUACUUCAUUUUUCUUGCUCUCUCGCCAAAAAGGCCCACAUCAAAGCACCCAUAAUAUUUCCAGGGUUUGUGGUUAAGACAUUUAUGCCCAGUCUCAAUAGUUCUUGUUAAUAAAAAUUUGUUUUCCACUUGUAGUGUAUGUAAGUAUACAUUUAAGUGAUGUAUUGUUUCAAAAAUAGUGCUUUAGUAAUAUUCCAAAUGCUGACCUUUCACACUGAGGAACUGCCUUCCCUUUGCUAUUAAUGAUAUUGUUUGUAUUUGGCCAGGAAAGAUUUUAAAUCUGGACCUAGGAUCAGUAGCAGGUAAAUAGUGCAGAGCCUAUUUCACUCCUCCACAUGUGUACUAGGGAAUUUUAUGAUGUAUGGUUUAAAAACAAUAAAGUAAAUGCUGCUUUCAUUCUGUACCAAUAAAAAUUUUGAUAACUA